UUUCGAGAUCUUGCGAUACAGUCCGAGCAAUAAACACGGAAGUUAGAUCCAAACACCCGUUGUGUGGGAGAAGCAUCGAAAUGAACUGUUUAAUCUGCCCAUCAUUUGUGUUGAGAGAUCAGCAGUGUUUGGAUCAACAAAGGGUGACUGCUUUGAUAGUGGAAACUGUAUUUAUGGCUUAUUUUUGUGCAUUUAAAGUUCAACCGCCAUUGAUAGUUGUUAAAAGUUGUUGUUGCUGUGCAUAUGAAGCAAAAAACGCUUUUUGUUCAUCGAUUUAUUGUGAAAUAACGGAAGUUGUGCUUGCUCCUUUUCCUGUUGGGCGGUUGUGAUUUUGGUCCAUUGACUGCGGAGGUGCUCUGGCGUCCGGCAAAAAUAGAAUCAAUCCUAUUUUUGCCGGAUGGCGGAAUGGCGGGCGGCGCACUGCGCCGCACAGCCGCAGUAGUGGAACAGCUCUGACUGACUACAACGGGACCGAUUUUGCUGCGGAGUUCGUGCCGGAACGGAGCGGAGAUAGUGGAAUUUUGGGGUUAGACCUGUAUGUAGUCUGUGGGUCAGUAGCACCAGGUCAGCGGAGCGUAGAGUUCGUGAUGGGGUACGCCUUUCUAUUAAUGCUGCCAUAUAUGGUGGAGCACCACCAUAAAGAGACAAGAAGACAUAACACUGAACUUUAAACUUAGCUCGAAAACCUACAAGGAGCCAAUGUAAUGAGACCAGCACAGGAGAGAUGUGUGCCAACUUCCUCAUAUAUGUCAGAAAUCCAAUUAAAAUCAGUAUUUCCACGAUAAAGAAAAAAAAUGAAAGUGUUUAAUUAAAAAAAAAGUGGAUUUCCUCUCAAUUAUAAACUCUGGUCUAAAAACACAAAAUUAAUGUAAAAAAAAUUGCAAACAUUCUCAACCCAGUUUAUUAGAGUAGUACUUAACAAGACUUCACUGACACUACAGCCCUCCUCCUGGUGCUCCACAGAGACAAACGAUGAGCACAUCCAGAAAUAAUAAAUAUCAGUUCAAGUUUGUAUUUUAGAAGAUUGUUCAUGAGCUGCAGAUGAGUGGCUUUGAGAUUUUACACGUAACAAUGUCUCCACAGAGGUGGCCAGAGCAGGGUUGUGUACUGUUACAGCUGCUGUUGUUGGUGUCCUUCUCCCAGUCUGAGGAGUCAUUGUGCAGACGGAGAGGAGAACCUGAGAUCCCUCAGCUGUCUAAGGAUGGAGACAUCAUGUUGGGGGGAAUCUUCUAUUUUCACAGCAGCUGGAGGAACCAACAGAAUCCUUACACACAAAAACCCCCGCCUCUGGAAUGCAUCAGUUUGAAUUUCAGAGAGUUCCAGUUUGCCCAGGCUAUGCUUUUUGCCAUUGAGGAGAUCAACAACAGCACAGAGCUACUUCCUGGUGUUUCUCUGGGAUAUCAUAUUUAUGACACUUGUGGUUCUGUUGUCAAAAGCAUAAAAGUAACACUUGCUCUAAACAAUGAAAACGACAAUAUGUCUUCGUUCUCAGAUGAGUCAUGCACCAGACCUGUCCGAGUGCAGGCUAUAGUGGGAGAAACGUCCUCCUCUCCCAGUACAGCAACAGCAACUGUUAGUGGGCCAUUUCAUAUCCCAUUGAUCAGCCACUUUGCUACGUGUGCCUGUCUUAGUGAUAAAUCCAAGUAUCCGUCAUUUCUCAGAACCGUACCCAGUGACUACUAUCAGAGCAGAGCUCUGGCCCAUUUGGUGAAACAUUUCGGUUGGACUUGGGUUGGAGCUGUUAGAACCAACGAUGAUUAUGGCAACAACGGCAUGGCGACGUUCACAGAAACAGCUCAGCAGCUCGGCAUCUGUCUGGAAUAUUCUGUUUCGUUCUUCAGAACAGACCCAACGGAAAAAAUACAAAAGAUUAUUGAUAUUAUCAAAGCUUCAACUUCAACAGUUAUUGUUGCUUUUGUUCCCAACUUGGACAUGGAUGUGCUGAUGCAAGAGCUGUCCCUUCACAAUAUAACCGGGUACCAGUGGGUCGGCAGUGAGGGCUGGAUCUCUGAUUCUCAUGUUGCAGCUAUAGAUAAGAACCACAUCCUGGAUGGAGCCAUAGGUCUUUCCAUCCCACAAGCAAAAGUCAACAGGCUUAAGGAGUUCAUGCUGGAUGUGAAGAAACUUAAUUCAUCAAAUAAUAAUAAUUUAUUCACAGAGUUCUGGGAGGCUUUAUUCAGCUGCAAGUUCAAUCAGUCACAAUCAGAGAUUCAGAGAGAAUGUACUGGACACGAGGAUCUGAAUGGAGUGGAAAACAGCUUCACUGACAUGUCACUGAUGCCCAUAUUUAAUAACGUCUAUAAAGGAGUGUACGCAGCGGCCCACGCUCUGCACAAUAUCCUCAGAUGUAAUGAAACAUGCAACACCAGCGUGCAUCUAGAGCCAUCAACGAUUUUGCAGCAUAUUAAAAAUGUUCGCUUUAAAACAAAAGAAGGAGAAGAUGUUUACUUCAAUGAAAAUGGAGAUCCAGCUGCAAAAUAUGAGAUUAUCAACUGGCAGCCAAGAAAAACUGGCUCAGUGGAUUUUGUCUCGGUUGGUCUUUAUGAUGCAUCGUUACCUGCAGGCAAGCAGCUGAUUCUACUGAACAAGGCCUUCAUUUGGACACGGAGUUCAAAGCAGGUUCCUCUUUCAGUUUGCAGUGAGAAGUGUCCUCCAGGAACACGGAAGGUUCUGCAGAAGGGAAAACCUGUUUGUUGUCAUGACUGCUUAAGAUGUGCAGAAGGAGAAAUGAGCAACAUAACAGAUUCCAUCACCUGUGUGAGAUGCCCCACAGAAUCCUGGUCAAAUGACAGAAGAGAUGCCUGUGUAACAAAGGAAAUCGUUUUUCUGUCAUACGAAGACAUUAUGGGAAUGCUCCUGACUGCUGCAGCUUUAUUUGGGACGUCUCUGACGGCUGCAGUAGCUUUUAUUUUCUUCAGGCACAGGAAAACUCCUCUGGUCAGAGCAAACAACUCUGAGCUGAGCUUCCUGCUGCUCUUCUCACUGUCCAUGUGUUUCCUCUGCUCUCUGACCUUCAUCGGCCAGCCGUCAGAGUGGUCCUGCGUGCUUCGUCACACAGCUUUUGGCAUCACCUUCGUCCUCUGUCUGUCUUGUGUUCUGGGCAAAACCAUGGUGGUCCUGAUGGCUUUUAGGGCCACUCUUCCAGGGAGAAAUGUGAUGAAACUGUUCGGGCCUACACAGCAGAGACUCAGUGUUCUGGGCUUCACUCUGAUACAAGUGAUCAUAUGUGUCCUCUGGUUGACCAUUUCUCCUCCGUUCCCAUCUCAGAACUUCAAGGAGUUCAAAGAUAAAAUCAUCUUGGAGUGUUCUCUGGGCUCAGCUGUUGGGUUCUGGUCUGUUCUUGGGUACAUUGGACUGUUGGCCAUGUUGUGUUUUAUUUUUGCUUUUCUGGCUCGAAAACUGCCCGAUAGCUUCAACGAAGCUAAAUUCAUCACCUUCAGCAUGUUGAUAUUCUGUGCCGUGUGGAUCACUUUCAUCCCAGCCUAUGUCAGCUCUCCUGGAAAGUUUAGUGUCGCUGUAGAAAUAUUUGCUAUUCUAGCUUCUAGCUUUGGUUUGCUCAUUUGUAUCUUCAUCCCAAAAUGUUACAUCGUGUUAGUGAGACCAGAAAGAAACACUAAAAAGAACAUGAUGGGAAAGGGGGUGGCAAAAUCUUAUUGAAGACAGAAAUUUGUUUUAAAAUCCGAUAAAUGACUCUUUGGGAACCACGCUCUGUAGCUUACAUACU